ACCUCCCUUGUUCCGUUCCCCAUCAACGCCAUCUUUCUUUCGGUGUGGGACAAAUACACGCAUAUUUCGCCAAAGAUGAGCAGCGUUUGUGCUGACCAACACAAGCUCCACCCCUCCCACCAACUCCACUCGUCCUCCAAGAAACCGCUGAUGAUCAAGAGCAUAGACAUCCCACCAAGAAAGCUCCUCGGCCGCCGCCUUCUUCCCACCCAAGAAACCGACAUGUAUUACUCUCGCGCCGCUGCCGAAGAGACCCUCUUGCAGAAGUUCCUUCCGUACAACACCGGCGCUGACGACGACGACGACGAAGAACCCAGUGACGUCGCCGACCCUUAUUCCUCCGACCAUUUCCGCAUGUACGAGUUCAAGGUCCGCCACUGCACCCGCAGCCGCAGCCACGACUGGACCGACUGCCCUUUCGCCCACCCGGGGGAGAAGGCCCGCCGGCGUGACCCCCGGACUUUCCACUACUCCGGCCAGGUUUGCCCGGAGUACCGCCGCGGCGGGUGUAGCCGUGGCAAUAGCUGCGAGUUCGCCCACGGCGUGUUCGAGUGUUGGCUCCACCCAGCGAGGUAUCGAACCGAGGCAUGUAAAGACGGUAAGAACUGCAAGCGCAAGGUGUGUUUCUUCGCUCACACCCCUCGCCAGCUCCGCGUUCUUCCUCCGAAGUCGCUUGAGCUGGCAAGCAAGAAGAAAUUUGUCAACUCCUCGAAUCACCAUUGCUGCAUGUUUUGCCAUUGCGCAAAUACUUCUUCGCCGACUUCAACACUUCUGGGUAUCUCCCAUUUCUCUCCGCCGCUCUCGCCACCGCUCUCCCCUUCACAGCGUUCCAUCAAUGCGUUUUCGCCGAUGUCGGUGAAUCAUGGGGUGCUGAGCUACAAAGAUGUGCUGACGGAGCUGAUGAGCUCCUUGGAAGCCAUGAAUUUCAGCGAAGCGGCCUCUUCGCCUUUGUCGGCUAAAAGCCCGAAUUUGCCUUGGCUCGACGUUUCUUUCAACAACGAAGAUCAGCAACAGUUUAUUCUUUCACCUUCAACACCAAAUCCUUCUGGGUCUGCAAAUUUUUCCAGUGGGGAUCAUCGCUCGAGCAAAAGCUUCACCGCCGAAAGCUCUGAUCCUGAUCUUGGGUGGGUGAAUGAGCUACUGAUGUAGAAGAUCGACGGUGGUGAUGGAUUUGGAAGUGUAUAUAUUGCACCAGCCGUAUAUAUGGGAAUAUAUAUAUGUGAUUUGGUGUAUAUUGCUAUGAUUAUUGUCAUUGCUGCAUGUUAAUUUAAUAGUCUUCCAAGUUUUUAUUUUAUUUUUUUAUUUUUCUUUUGAAAUUUUCUUCUCAAGUUUGAGUGUGAAUCUACUUUCUGAGCUCUGUGAGAGCUAGAUCUGAUGAUCUUAUUUCAAUGUAUUGAUAUUGAAGUACUUCUAAGAAAUGAAAUGGAUAUGAUAUGAUGCUUUUAUUUAA